AUGAUAAAUAUCUAUGAUAGUGACAAAAUAACAAAUUUACCUGAAUAUGCACAAGAAUUUAAUAAUGUUGAUAAACGAAAAUUAUGCAUAAGACGAUAUAUUAACAAUAAUUCAUUAGAAAUCGAUCAGCAAAAGAAAAUUUUUCAAAUUAGAGAAUAUGAAUUACCAAUAACAGAAAUAAUACUUACACUUGUUAUACAGAAGGUGAAAAAUGAAAAUAUUGUUUUACCCAAUAGCAACGGAGAAUAUUUAUGUGGUCCCUAUGUUAGAUUGGAUUGGAGAAAUCCAAAUCAUAUAUCACCAAAGACAAGAAAAUCCUUGAAUGAAAAUCCAUAUUAUUAUAUAUAUGAACAAGCUGUCGGUAAAGAAGAGUUUUUUAACAAAAUCUUAGCUAAUAAAUUAUGUGCUAUACCAUUUGUUGAUAAAAAUAUCACUGAAGAUCUCGUAACUCAUUUAAUUGAUGUUAAACAACCAAAAUUAUCUGCAUUAAAAAUGUUUAUGAUUAUUCAAUCGUAUUUUUCUCGAAUCAUCAAAAAAUUAGCGCAGGAACAUCAUAUUUAUGCGGGAUGUGGUUUACGAUCAUUAACUGAUGUUGAAGAUAUGCUCAAAUCAAGUGUUUGUCGAUGUGUUGUGGCUAGUGCUGAUGAUGUAUUGAUUACGAAGAUACCCAAAGAACGUUUAGUUGUCGAAAUAAGUAUUAAUGAACAAAAUGAAGUACUUAUUCAUGGUCGUCAAACAAAUACUCAUUCAUUUGAUCGUGUUGUUCCACAACUUGGAUCUGCAAUUUGGAAAAUUAAAUUAACCAUUGGCAGUAUAUUCAAUAGUAUGAUCAAUUUUAAUGAUAAUGGAACUGUAUCAGGUAUCAUUCAAGAUGUGAAUGGACCAGUCAAAGGUUUAUGCUAUAUGAAUCGUGAAUCAAUUAAACAAACGUGUAAACAUAGAAAACUAUAUAGAUAUGCGAGAAAAUUAGGGAGAGUUAUAAUGAAAGGUGAAACAUCUGGUGAUGUUCAACAUAUUAUUCAAAUUAGUUUAGAUUGUGAUUCAGGUGCCAUGUUAAUAACAGUUGAUUCAAAAAAACCAUUUUGCCAUACAGGUAAUCAUAGUUGUUUUUGUAUACAAGCAAGUAUCAAAGCAAAUUUAGCUACAUUGACUGAACAUAUUAAAUCGAAAAUAAACGAUGAUAGUUAUACAGGCAUAAUGCAAAGAAAUCCACAAUUAGCUCUUGCUAAAGUAACGGAAGAAUUUUGGGAAGUGAUAGCGAGUCAUUAA